AUGGGAAACGUGGUGGACCACAACCGACUGUACGCCCAUACCCUCUUGUCAUGGGUCUAUUUUGCGUUCAUCCUGUACAUGGUCUCACGAGAAUGUGUAUACUAUAUCAACUUACGACAAGCGUAUCUCCUUUCACCAUUUUAUGCAAAUCGACUGUCCUCGCGGACAGUGCUAUACAGAAAUGUACCUCGACAGUUCCUGGACGAGCAGAGGCUUCGAUGGAUGCUUGGAAGCUCUGUCAAGCGGAUUUGGAUUCCCCAAACGACCAGUGAGCUUGAACGCCUUGUCGAGGAAAGGGAGCAAACGGCGAUGCGUCUGGAAAAGGCCGAGUUUGAACUCAUCAAGAUGGCCAAUGCGGCAAGGACGAAAGCACUUAAGAAAGGAAAAAAUGGGAACAAGCAGGAACCAAGUCAAGAAUCUCUCGAAACCGAAUCCCGGAGUGAAAAUGGGAGAAAAUCCGUCUCAAGAUCUGGCGCCGCCGAAAUCAUAUCGGCGCCCGACAGCCCACAGGACGCCUCUUACCCUUCGAAAGAGAUGGGAGAGCGGACUCUGCCAGAUGUCAACGGAUCAGUUGCCUCACAAUGGAUCCCGCAUAGCUCGAGGCCACACCACAGACCGAUUGCAAACUACGGGCGCCGCGUGGACACGAUCAAGUGGACCAGGAAUCAGAUCAGGAAGCUGAACAACCAAAUUGCCAAAGUGCGGCGAGACCAGCUUUUCAAAACCGAGGGCAUGCUGCCUUCCGUCUUUGUGGAGUUCGAGACACACACAGAUGCACAACACGCCUACCAGACGCUGACGCAUCAUCGCCCGUUGCACAUGGCUCAACGCUUUAUUGGGGUUCGGCCAUUCGAGAUCCUAUGGGAGUCGUUGAGCAUGUCGUGGCUAGAGACGAUCGUGCGAAAGUUCUUGAUCAAGGCUCUGAUCACCGCCUUGAUAAUAUUUUGGGCCAUUCCAUCCGCCCUAGUAGGCACAAUUUCUAAUAUUGACUAUCUAUCGGAGAAGGUCAGUUUCUUAGGAUGGAUAGCAGAUCUCCCAAGCUCCGUGAAGGGUAUUUUGAGUGGUGUCGUUCCGGCCAUGGCUCUGUCUUUGCUGAUGAGUAUCGUUCCGGGGAUCCUGAGAUACUGUGCGAGGCUAGGCGGAGUUCCAACUCUGAGCAUGAUCGAGCUCUACACCCAGCAUGCCUACUUUGCAUUCCAAGUGGUCCAAGUAUUCUUGAUUACGACCCUGACAUCCGCAGCGUCGGCAGCCGUUACGAAGUUGCUCGAAGAUCCGACAACGGCAAAGGACUUGCUCUCGCAGAAUCUGCCCAAGGCCUCCAACUUCUAUCUCUCCUACUUUCUUCUGCAGAGCCUGGCACUUGGCUCUUCCGCGCUUGUCCAAUUCGGUAAUCUGUUCCAGCUGUAUGUGUUUCAAAGGUACAUCAGCAGUCCACGGAAGAUGUACAGGAGAUGGCACCGGCUGCAGCGUAUUCAUUGGGGGGCAGUCUUUCCCGUCUACACCAACCUUGGUGUCAUCACUCUCAGCUAUGCGCUUAUUGCGCCAAUAAUCCUGGGAUUCGCCGCUGUCGGUCUCCUCUUCUUGCAUAUUGUGUACCGAUACAACCUCAUCUACGUUUACGAUUCUGAAGUCGAUACGAGAGGGCUGGUCUACCCUCGCGCUCUUAUGCACCUCCUCUUAGGCUUAUACUUCUCCGAGGUUUGCAUGAUUGGUUUGUUUUCGCUCAAAGGAGCAUACGUCCCAGUCGUGUUGACUGUGGCCCUCCUUGUUCUCACUGGUUUGGUCCAUACUUCGCUCAUCGACGCGCUGGGGCCACUUUUAUGGAGUCUGCCAAAAAGUUUGACGAUGCAAGAAGACCAGCUGCACUUACUGGCUAGUACCCCGACGAAUCGACGCAUUGCCGAAGAUAUAGAGCGAUCCGAAGAAUAUCAUUCCGACAAAGAGGAACAGGGGCCAGACCAAGGCGACAGCAGGGCCUUGGAAGGCGCAAGUGGAGCUCUCAACGCCCUGGGAGGCGGCGUCAAAACCAUGUUCAGGAAGAAACUGAAAAAGGAGGUUCCCGCCGAAGCCCACAUGGUGGUGAAUGCUCUCAACGCAUUUUGGAUGCGAUGGCUCUCACCAAAUCCCGCAGACAAGUCGAACUUUCUUCUACGCUGGCUCCAUCCCGAGGUAUAUUCCGACUACACCAUACUUCGUCGGAUGGUGCCAUCCGACUUGCCAGACCCAGUGUAUCCGGAUGAGAUUGAGCAGGAUAUCUACUACCCACCUUCGUUCUUCGCCAAACCGCCGACGUUAUGGAUUCCCCGUGAUCCAGGCGGGAUCAGUCGACAAGAGGUGGAACACAGUGGGAAGGUCAUUCCCACCACAGAUGAAUAUGUACAAAUAGACGAAAACGGCAAUGUGAUGAUCAAUCUGGAGGAGAGCCGACUUUUUUUUGACGUUAGCCGGCUGAGAUAUUGA